GCGAAGCCAUUGGCCCUCGACGCAUCUAGCAAGAGAGCAUCGUAACCUCGCGCACACGUCAACCUUGGUCCAGCGCAGCCAUGGGCUUCAUCACCGGCUUCGUAGGUGCUACCGGCCCCUUGCAGUGAUGCCAGCUAACCCAAGACAGCUCGGGGGCGUCACCCUCACCACGGGCGUUCUCUACCUCACCAUCUCGCUGCACACACAAAACCGCAUAACACAGGCCGCGCUCCUAAGACAGCAACGCCAAGUCCUUACCGAGUUCUACGAGCCCAAGAAGCCGGAGCCAGAGCCCACAAGUCGGGAAGUGCCGGUUGGUCUAGCUGAAAUGGCCAAGGACAGGUGGAACAGGAGCCUCGAGGAGGGCGUGAAGAAGGUGUACACGACAGAUUGGAGGAGAGUACGCGAAGAGGCCGAGGACAGGGCAAGCGCCAUACUGCAGAAGAUCAGGGAGGGCAGCAAGUAAGCGUUUGCCCGCGCGCGUGUAGAUUAGAAGCAUGUGAAGGUGGCGCGAUAGCACGGCUGCGACGAUACCCUUCCUGCGACUGUACAAAUAUCUGGGGCUUGCAAUUGGAUCCGCAAAGGUUCACGUCUCCG